CACAUAUUUUGUCCCAAAGACCAAUAAGCAUGUGUGAAGUCAAUGUCUUUUUGCUACAAGGAAAACAAAAUACAUAAGCAAUUAACCAUCACUUUCUGAACCUGCUGCUACUUCUUCCUUUACCUUCAUUGCAAACAAUCAUCCACUACUUCCCUUUGUUUUCUUUCUUCUUAUCUUGAGAUCAACAUGGCUGCAAGAUUUGUGGGAGAAGCUUUUCUCAACUCUGCACUUGGCACUAUCUACGACAUGCUGAUUUCACCCUUACUUGUCAACUUCAUCCAGAGAAAGAAGCUUAACCGGAAGCUGGUUGAGAAGCUGGAGACAGUUCUGAAGGCUGCUCAUGCUGUGAUCAAUGACGCCGAGCGGAGGCAGAUCGAAGAGGAAGCUGUGAAGCACUGGCUGGACAGGCUGAAGUAUGCUGUGUACGAUGCUGAAGACAUACUUGAUGAAGUCACCACCAAAGCUGCCAUUCAAAAGGUUCAAGGUAACUCUCUGUCUCGCUAUGUCAAUUUGCAUGGUGAUGGUGAGAUAGUAACCAAGAUAGAAGAGAUCAUUACUGCAUUAGAGUCAAUUGUAAAUGAGAAAGAUGGUCUUGGCUUGAAGGAGAUACCGGUGGAGGACAUGUCAUGGAGGAUCCCCUCAACAUCUCUGGUUGGUGUGCAUCAAAUAUAUGGCAGGGACCAAGACAGGGAGGCCAUAGUAAAACUGUUGUUAGAUGUUACCAAUGACGGUGGAAUAUCCGUGAUUCCUAUGGUCGGCAUGGGUGGAAUAGGAAAGACUACUUUGGCUCAGAUGGUUUACAAUGAUGACCGAGUGAAACAAAAAUUUGAUGUUAAGGCAUGGGUUUGUGAUGGGCAAGAAGAAUUUGAUGUUCUUAAGGCGACAAAGACGGUGAUGGAGAAAGUAACUUCUAGUUCUUGCAACUCAACUGAGCUAAACACAAUUCAGGAGAGUUCAAAGGAAGUCCUAGCAGGGAAGAAGUUGUUGGUUGUUUUGGACGACAUGUGGAGUAACAAUUAUGAUGCCUGGAUAAGUUUUCUAAAGCCUUUUAAAUCUAGUAACGGGGGUGUUAAGAUUCUUGUAACAACCCGUCUUGAUUCGAUUGCUGAUAUGGUGAAAACUAUUCCAACUUUCCGUUUGAGUUUGUUGGGUGAUGAUCACUGCUGGUCAGUGUUUGCAGAUCAUGCAUGUCUUAAUUCUGUUGAAUCCCAUAGCCGUUCUGCUUUAGAAGUAGUUGGUCGAAAAAUUGUCAAAAAGUGUAAUGGGUUAGCUUUGGCUGCUCAAACACUUGGAGGUUUAUUAAGAGCAAGAAAAGAAAUAGCAGAUUGGGAGUUUAUAUUGAGGAAUGAAAUUUGGGAACUUCCCAAAAAAGAUAGUGGGAUUCUUCCAGCAUUAAGAAUUAGUUAUCACUACCUCCCUUCCCACUUAAAACGUUGCUUUGUUUAUUGUUCUUUAUUCCCAAAAGACUAUGAAUUCAAAAGAGAUGAACUGGUGUUAUUGUGGAUGGCAGAAGGUCUUUUGCAGCAACCGAAGAGUGGCAGCACUUUAGAAGAAGUUGGUUCUAAAUAUUUUAAUGAUUUGGUUUCAAGAUCGUUUUUCCAACAUUCUAAAACCAAUGAAAAUUUAUUUGUGAUGCACGAUCUCAUGCAUGAUUUAGCAAUAUUCUACGGUGGAAAGUUCUUUUCUAGAAACUUUGAACUCAAAACUGCAGACAAGCAUGAUGCUUGUCCUCGUCAUCUUUCAUAUGGUCUUGUCAUCGAUGAUUCGUUAUUCUCAGAGAUCUCGGAAGUAUGUGAUUAUUUAAAAAAUGCAAGGACAUUGCUGAAUAUCAGUUUUGAAACAUGGGAGGAUUCCACAGAGGAAGUUGAUCUUUGUGGCUUAUUUGCACAGUUGAAGCGCUUAAGGGUUUUGUCAUUUAAAUUCUUUCCUCUUUCAUUGCUCGAUUCAAUAGGUGAUUUGAUCCAUUUGCGUUAUUUGGAUCUCUCUCAUUCACCUAUUGAGACAUUGCCAGAGUCAAUGUGCAAAUUUUAUAAUUUACAAACACUGAAGUUGAGUCAUUGUGCAAGACUAGAAAAGCUUCCAAUCAACAUGCAGGAUCUUGUAAAUUUGCUUCAUUUGGAUCUCUCUUAUUCGGCAAUUGGGGUAUUGCCCGAGUCAUUGAGCAAAUUGCAUAAUUUACAAACACUGAAGUUGACAGGGUGUGAAAGACUAGAAAAGCUUCGAACCAACAUGCAGGAUCUUGUAAAUUUACGUCAUUUGGAUCUCUCUCGUACGCCUAUUGUGGAAUUUCCCGAGUCAUUGAGCAAAUUGUAUAAUUUACAAAUAUUGAAGUUGCGCAGAUGUGGAGGACUCAAAAAGCUCCCAAGCAAGAUGCAAGAUCUUGUAAAUAUGCGCUAUCUGGAUAUUGAAGAUACUAAUUUAGAAGAGAUGCCAAAAGGGAUGAGCAAAUUAAAAGAUUUGCAGAUUCUGCAUUACUAUAUUGUUGGCGAGCAUGAAGAGAAUGGGAUAGGGGAAUUGGGAGAACUUGUAAAUCUUCAAGGGUCAUUUCAUAUUAAGCAACUAGAGAAUGCCGUUAAUAGCAGUGAAGCUUGGAAAGCAAGAAUGGUUGAUAAGAAACACAUCAAUAAUCUAUGGUUGGAGUGGACAUCAGCUGAAGAUGGUGAUAUUGUUGAUUCCGAAAUCGAAAAAGAUGUACUUGACAAAUUACGUCCUCACAAAGACUUGAAGAAGCUAUUCAUCUGGGAUUACAGAGGUACCAUGUUUCCGGAUUGGGUAGGGCAGUCUUCGUACCACAACAUAACUGUGUUGGUGCUGAGGGGAUGCAGGAAUUGUUGGGUGGUUCCAUCACUUGGACAGUUACCCUCUCUGGAGAGGCUAGUCAUUAAAGAGCUCGAGAAGGUGAAGAAGAUUGGUGGGUCAUUCUAUAAGGGUGAUGGAACUCAUCAGCAUCAGGAGACACCCUUCCGAUCCCUUAAAUAUCUGGCAUUCCGUGAUAUGCCUUGCUGGGAGGAAUGGGAGUCAUAUGAAUGUAAUGAUGAUGAUGAUGAUGCACCAUUUCCGAAACUUGAGGAGCUUAUAAUAGAGGACUGCCCUAAGUUAAGAGGAGAUUUGCCCACUUUCCUUCCAUCUUUGGAAGAACUCCACAUUAGAGGAUGCGAGGAGCUUGGUUGUUAUCUGCCAAGAGCUCCCAUCAUACGCCAAUUAAUAAUAGAUGGCAAACAGGAAGCAAGAAUGCGGGAGCUACCACUUUCCAUGUUGGAGAGACUAUGGGUUAAUGGAGAGCAGCAGGUGGAGUAUGUGUUUGAGGCCAUGACCCACACCCAACCAACCUCUCUCAUAGACCUAAGGAUCUCAGAGUGCUCAUCAGCUAUAUCAUUUCCAGGGGAUUCUUUGCCCCCUUCGUUGAAAGAGUUGCGCCUAUACGAUUGCAAGAAUGUAGAAUUCCCAAUGCAACACCAACAACAUUACUCACUAACGAGUCUUACAAUAGACAACAGCUGUGAUUCGCUUACAUCCUUCGCAUUGCCAGCGUUUCCAAAUCUGAAGUUUCUCACAAUUUCAGAGUGCCCUAAGCUGGAGAAGAUAAUAAGGGUGCCUGGCUCUUUAAGGGAACUCAGAAUCAGAGAAUGUGGGUUGUUGGGUGAAGGCAUAGAGAGGAAGGACCCCCACAUUUGGCCAUCCAUUUCCCACAUCCCUCAAAUUUAUGUUGACGGCACAAAGAUCCUCAAUGACUCAACAUCUUAAAACAGAUGAUCUUAAAAGUUUUCUAUGUACUAAUUCUUUGCUGGUUGAGUACAUGGACAAGGAGCUAUGUAUAUACUUGAACUUUGUUGUCUCAGGCAGCAACUUCAAGCUAGAGUGGUAUAAUCCUGCACUGCAUUACUCUUGUGACUAUUUUCUUGUACAAUAUACUUUCUCAUGCACCUUUUUAUAACCAUUGUGAAUAAGGGUUUUGCUUUUGCUACAUUGAAGUAUGUACAAGACAAUCAUCAUGCCCAUGGUACAGCCUAUUUUACUGUGAUCAUAAUAAAAAAAGCACAAGCAUUAAAUUUAUCUCGUGUCUUUUUUCCAAUUUUCCACAAAAUUCUUAGAUUGUUGCUUUUUUACCUUUUUUUUACCCUACUUGAGAGCAUGUUAAAACUUGGUUAUUUGGAGCAAAUAAUGUUGAAAGCAAGGUUGAGUGGCUGGUAUGGUGAUCUCAAAACAGUAUUCCUCUAAAGGAACAAAUGAAUUCUGAGGCAUGUCUUUUGAGUAAGUUUUGAAUAGUAUUAUGUGGCUAUUACUGUUAGGGGAUUUUGGCCAUAAUGCUAUAUAUAAACUACAUACAACAUAGAAUGUUUAUUAG